AUGCAAAACAAAGAGAAAAAGAAUAUUAAUGAUCCCGAGUUCCCAAACCAAUGGCAUUUAUUUAAUAAAUAUUAUCCCCAAAGAGAUCUCAAUGUCACAGGAUUAUGGUAUGAAAAUAUAACAGGAAGUGGGAUAGUUACUGCUAUAAUCGAUGACGGAAUCGACUAUAAUUCAAUUGAUUUGAAAAACAGCUAUUGCAAAGAGGGAUCCUGGGACUUUAAUUCGAAUUCUGAUUCACCAUUGCCAAAAUUAUACAAUGAUUAUCAUGGUACAAGAUGUGCAGGAGAAAUCGCUGCUAGCAAAAAUGAUGGCUUUUGUGGAGUUGGAAUUGCUUAUGAUUCAAAAGUCUCUGGAAUAAGAAUUUUAUCUGGAGAAAUUACAAACGAAGAUGAAGCCGUAGCGUUAAUUUAUCGGUUGGAUAUCAACGACAUUUACUCAUGUUCAUGGGGACCAAAUGAUAAUGGACAAUUACUUGAAGGACCAGAUAAAUUGGUUAAAGAGGCAUUGAUUAAAGGUGUAACUGAAGGUAGAAAUAAUAAAGGUGCUAUUUAUGUAUGGGCCAGUGGAAAUGGUGGAAAAAAUGGAGACAAUUGUAACUAUGAUGGAUAUACAAAUAGCAUUUACUCAAUAACAGUUGGCGCAAUUGAUUAUACAGAUUAUCAUUCCAGCUAUUCUGAGGCAUGUUCUGCGGUACUAAUCUCAACGUAUUCAUCAGGAUUUGGAAAAAAUAUAUAUACGACAGAUAUUAAUGGAAAAUGCACCAAUAAACAUAGUGGAACAUCAGCAGCAGCACCAUUGGCAGCGGGUGUUUAUGCGUUGUUGCUAAGUUAUAAACCACAGCUAACAUGGAGAGAUGUUCAGUAUUUGACAAUAUUAUCAUCAGUCGAAGUUGAUAUCAAAGACAAGAGCUGGAAAAAAAGUUUUAUUUACAAUAAAAGAUAUUCUCAUGUUUAUGGAUAUGGUAAAAUUGAUUCAUACAAAUUAAUUGAAUUGAGUAAAAAUUGGAAGAAUGUCAAGCCUCAAAGCUGGUAUUAUUUGCAAGUAUAUGAUAUCAAUGAAGGUAUUAACGAAAAUGAUGAUAUUGAUAAUAUUAAAAGUAGAUUUCAAAGUCAAAAAGAUACAAUUGUCAAAAAAAACUUUAAACUAUUUGUUGAUGAAAAAGAAUUGAGAUUAAAUAAUUUUGAAAGGAUAGAACAUGUUAAUUUAAUUAUUAAUUUGGACGCAUCUAUUCGUGGUAAAGUUGAAAUAAAUUUAAUAUCGCCCAAUGGCAUCAAGUCAGAGUUAGGAGUUCAAAGACCACACGAUAAAUCUAAUGAAGGAUUUCGAAAUUGGUCAUUUAUGUCAGUUGCACAUUGGAAUGAAAGUGGUCAUGGAGAGUGGAUAGUUGAAGUUGUUAAUUAUGACAAUGAAAAUAAUAACGUAUUUUUAAAAAAUAUUCAAUUGAAAUUAUUUGGUGAAUCAAUUCACUCAAAUAAAGCGCAAAAUUUUGGAGAGUUUAGCAUGAAUGUGGUUUUAAUCAUGUCUUUGAUUUCAUUAGGUGGUUUUUCUGUUUUGGGGAUGUUUUACUGUUUGUUUGGCUUUAAAUAUGAGAUAGCCACUGAGUCUGAAUUUGCGCUAUUGGAAAACAAAGACAGUGAAAGCGAAGAAGAAGAAGAAGAAGAAGCAAUCUCGAAAGAUACAGUAGAAGCACCUCGGAAUGGGAUUGGAAUGCUGCAAGAAGAGAGUCCAAAAAAUGUCAGUUCUUCCGGCAAUUGA